AUGGAUGAGGCGUUCGCACAUCUUGAGGGAAAUAAUCUUAAAAAUGGCAAAAAUACGCAACUUCCGCCAGACGGAGGUUGGGGCUAUGUUGUAUGCAUUGGAGUCGGAUUUACAUUUAUGCUCGGCUUUGGUUCAUCGAACGCCUUUGGAAUUUUAUUCAAUAAUUUCUUUCUAGAGCAAGAUGGUGCCAGCGGCCUUCCACUAGUAAUAGGUGUUUAUAAUGGAGCGCUGUCUAUAUCAGGGUUCCUCAGUGGUAUUGCUCUGAAAAAAUAUUCAUUCCGUCAAGUAGGUCUGGUGGGAGCUGGACUGUUCGUUCUAGGAGAUAUAUUAACGAUAUUUGUAGAGAGGACGUAUCACCUUGUGUUCACAUUUGGAGUAAUCAGAGGUGCAGGUUUCGGGGUAAUGAUACCCGUAAGCUUUACAGCGUUUAAUUGUUAUUUUACCAAAAAACGCACGGCUAUGAUGAGUGCGAAUCAGACUAUGAGUAGCAUGGCGUCAAUUACUUUUCCAAUUUUAGUAACAUUCCUUCUAUCAGAGUACGGGUUUAGGUGGACCCUAGCUUUGGUAAUGGCGGUAGAUUUACAUUUAUUGUUUGCGAUGUUAGUCAUGCAUCCUGUUGAAUGGCAUAUGAGAAAAUCGUCAGAAUGCCCUAAAAUAGAGCUCUCUUCUGGUUGUGAUGUUGUAAGUUGUAAAAAAUAUAAAAAUAGUCAAGCUGAUAUCACAGAUGAAUCCAUUAUUAAAAUGUUACCAGGUGAGGACAAUGUCCACGAAAUAAAGCCUAGCCUUGGACGACACGAAUCUAUUCAAAAAAGCAUAAUAAAAGUGAUAUACGAUAACGUAGAACUGGAUCUACUUAAGGAUCCUCGCUUUGUGAGCACUUUGGUAGGACUUGGAUUUGCGUUUGUAUCUGAUGUAACAUACUUGGCUAUGGAACCAAUGCUGUUGUUUUCAUAUGGAUAUACCAAGAUGCAAGUAGCGACAUGUGUGAUGAUAGGCGCCAUAGCAGAUCUAGUAGCAAGAUUUUCUUUAGCGAUAUUCACUUACUUUUACACAGUAGAUAGUAAAACGCUUUUCUUUGUUGGCACUUGUGUUACAAUGGUGUUGCGAGUAGCACUAGUAACGUCGGACAACUUAACUUUUGUGAUAGCUAUCACGGCUAUAUCAGGAUUAGUCAGAUGCUCUGUCCAAGUACUCUUUCCUUUAGUACUGGUGACCGCCGCUCCGGACAGAUUUCCUGCAGCUUUAGCACUCCAUAUCCUAUUUUCUGGAUGUCUGAUGCUGAUGGCUGAUCCAUUAAUAGGUGUUAUUUACGAGGCGACUGGCAGUUAUGUGAACUGUUUUUUGGCUAUGAGUUUUUGUUGCUUAGUAUGUGUUGUACUAUGGACGAUAGAUUAUUUAGUUAGUCGUAAAGAUAGAUCU